ACGUACUUGUAUCGACCUACUUUUUUUUGCACGGGACGGAUUGCGACGUUGGGAAUCCCCUCGCCCUACCAAAAACACAACGCCCACCUCAGGCAGUACUGUCUUGCAGGCCACAAGGCACUUUCUUUUGCAUUCUUCUACGGUGGUCUCUUUGACACCUAGUCGACAGUCCGACAGAAUUCAAAUCAUGCCUGACAAGAUCCUAGACGACAUCUCGCACCGUCGGUACAAUCCUCUGCGAGGAAGUUGGAUUCUAGUUUCCCCUCACCGAACCAAAAGACCAUGGCAAGGACAGACAGAGAGCCCCGGGGUGAUUGAUUUGCCCACUUACGAUCCCCAAUGCUACCUGUGCCCUGGCAACAAGAGGGCGUCGGGCGACACCAACCCCGACUACAAAAACACAUUCGUCUUUAUAAAUGAUUACAGCGCCGUCAAGGAAGAGCAGGAGGACUACACUUCUCCAGAUGCCCAAGGGAGCCUGUCGAGCCUCCUGCUCCAAGCGGAGCCUGUCAAGGGCAAAUGUUAUGUCCUGACCUUCAGUGCCCGUCACAACAUCACCUUGGCCGACAUGUCCCCUUCCGAGAUUCUGCCCAUCGUCAAGACAUGGACGGAAAUAUAUACAUCCCACAUUUCUCCCAAGUCUCCUCUCGCUGCCAUCGCCAAACCAACCCACCUUCCUCCCUCCGACCAUCAUGCGCACGUCGGGGCACCCAAGGAGCAGUAUCGAUGGAUGCAGAUAUUUGAGAACAAAGGUGCUGCUAUGGGUUGUUCUAAUCCCCACCCGCACGGGCAAAUAUGGACGACUACAACCCUACCUGAAGAGCCGGCUCUCGAAUUGGAACAACUGAGAAAAUACCACCGGGAACAAGGAGGUUCACACCUGUUGGUCGACUACGCUCGGCUGGAAAGAGAGAAGGGUGAGCGAGUGGUUUUCCAAAACGAGACAUUCUUGGUUGUCUGCCCCUGGUGGGCAACUUGGCCCUUCGAGACCAUGAUCCUUCCCGUUAAGCACAUACGCUCGUUGAUCGACCUGAGUGACAAGGAACAGAUGGAUCUUGCGGAAACAAUCGCCGAGACAACGCGUCGAUAUGAUAAUUUGUUUGAGACGAGCUUUCCGUACAGCAUGGGCAUUCACCAGGCUCCUCUUGACGGCAGUAAGGAGGAAUUCGAAUGUUCCAGUCUGCACCUCCACUUCUAUCCACCACUGUUGCGUAGUGCAACCGUCCGCAAAUUCUUGGUCGGCUACGAAAUGAUGGCUGAGCCGCAGAGAGACAUCACGCCAGAACAAGCCACUGUCAGAUUGCAAGCAUGUGGUGGAGAGGUGUACAGGAAAACGCUCCAGGCUCGAGGAGAGAAAGUGCAAAAUCCACCCGCCGAGGAAAAGUCGCAACCAUGAGGCACUUGCCAUGUUGUACUCGAUCUGUCAUCACGCACUAUUCACCUGACAUAAAAGUCAUACUGUGCAAACGACCAGACGAGCCCAAACACGGACACACAAACUGGAGCCAGCCAAGGACCCCAGGGACGACUUGUUUUGUAGACAAAUGCCUCCAUGCUGAAGUGAGCCAGACCGACCAUGUUGGUCAGCAUCUGCAUCUGAUACCAUGACGCCUCGUUCAUAUGGUAUGCUGCAAAUAUCCUCACCAACCCAACAGCAAAGGUCCAGGUACCGAACGUCCUCGAAGACAGGGGGGUAGCGGGCGAAGUUUCGUGAGCCGGUUUCUUGGUCUUGCCUGCCUCGCUAUGGCCGGAGUAAAGGCGCUGCGUAUAGGACAUGGUGUUGUAGCAUUGUAUAGCAUUGCCGAGGGCAGUGACGCCAACCUGCGUAUCGAUCAGAUCUUGCAAACAGUGGAGUGGUGGGCGGACAUACGAAGAGCACAUAGAGUGGCAGCAAGCCCUCAGAUCGAGGUAGGAAGGAGCUCAUAGAAGCCAUUUACAGCAAGAAAAAUUGGUUAGCAAGCAGAUACAAGGUCAACCUGGUGUUCCUAGUCGUAGAAGUCGAAAACUAUUUCACCAGCAAGCAC